AUUGGCAUUAUAUUUAAUAUUUUUCAAUUGUUUACUACAAAAAAAUGUCGAGUAAGGAGUCGAAAGCGGUUUUAAAAGAAGUUCGGGAAGCAAUCAAAGGUGAAAAGUUUAAAGAAGCGAUAGAAAAAUGUGAGGCAUUGCUAAAGGAUGAACCCAAGAAUUACAUGGCGUACCUGCUAUUAGGCGCUGCUUACCAAAGUACCAACAAAACGGAGGCUGCCAAAAGUUUGCGUAAAGCCGUUGAAUUUUCACCGACAGCACCGACUGUUGCGCUCCAGGGAUUGGCGAAUUGUGCACCGCUGAACGAGUUGCCAAAAAUUUAUGAACAACUAGUGGAUUUAGUACCCGAAAAGUACGGAUAUUAUUUUGAGAAGCUGUACGCAGCUGGACUUAACAACAGGAAUAUAGCUGAUGAAUGCUUUAAUAUAUUCAAACGAGAGUUAAAGCGAAAUGCGCAAAAUGAAGAUCGACGUAAACUCGUCUUAAAAUACUUGGCGCGAAUUUGGGUCUCAUUUGACUUUGAUGUACCAACCGACGACGAAAUUUUAUACAAAAGCGGCUUAGAAGAAAUACUUGCAGAUUCAUUUAUUGAUCAGCAUCUCGAUGCCAACAAGCGCUACCUAAAAUUACUCUAUAAGCAGGAAGAUUAUGCUAAUUGCUUUACGCAUGCAUGCGAAGUAACCACAAAAUACCCCAACGAUAUUUACGCAUACGAGUGGGUGUGCAAAGUUUAUUGCGAAGCACGUGAGGUGGCGAAAGCAUGUUUAGAAAAAACUGACAAACCAAUAGAACAUUAUGUUGAAACAUUGCUUCAGAUAAAUCCUAAAGCUAGUUUAGGGCUACUUAUUAAGGCAAUUCAGCUCUUUGAAAAUCAGCAAUAUGUGUCAGCACGAGAUCUACUGUAUCGUGUUCAAGAACUGCAACCGAAGUACAGAGUUGCUUUGGAAUUAUUGGCACGUACGGAAAUGCUUAUUGGUGUAUGGGGCUUGGCAUUACCACUAUUGAAAAUGAUUGGAAAUGAUAAUUCUGUUGAAUAUGCUAUGUGCUUAUCCCACCUGAGUAAUAAUGAAAAAGAGUUACAGGAAACGAUUGAGUUACUGCAGAAAUGUGAUAAGAAUGAGGAAAUUACGGCGACAAUGGCUAGAUGUUAUUUUAAAUUAGGUGAUAAAGCUAAACUGCGAGAAAUGAAUUUAAGUAUCUGCCAACAAGCUGUGUUUCUUAUGACUCCAGAAGCUGCUAUAAAUGCUUUACAAACAUCCAGUGAUAAAGACUCCUUUGAAGUUCUUUUUUUACUCUCUAAAUUGUAUUUACAAUUAACCAAUUAUGCUGCCGCUUUGAAUUGCAUGCUCAAAGCAACGCGCUUGCAACCCCACAGUUCGGAAUGCUUUCAUUAUCUUGGAAAAAUCUAUUACGACACUAAGGAUAUUGUGCGAGCACGUAAAUGUUUUGAAAAAUGUGUCAAUUUAAACCCGUUAUGUGAGAGCGCAGUGAAUAAUUUAAGUGCUAUUUACCAGCAAUUAGGAGAAGAGGAACUAAAUGAGGCCUUAUUGCUUAACACACUUAAAUAUAUGAAAUCCGAGGAUUCAAAGCGCAUACAUUAUAAGUUGGGUUUACACUAUUUUAAUGUCAACAAGUGGGACGAUGCCAUACAAUCCUUUCGCACAGCAAUAAAACUUGAUGUAAAUUGCAUGAAUUACUGGGAAUCUCUUGGUGAUGCUUAUUCCGAGCGUGGCUCUUAUAACUCUGCUAUACGAGUAUUUCAGAAAAUACUUGAAAUGAAUCCUACCAAUAUUUAUGCCAAAUUGAAAAUCGCGCUGAUUAAAUCGACCAUUCGCAUGUAUCCUGAAGCUAUAGUCGAUUUUGACGAACUUUUAAGUACUCAUCAGGAUUAUUUACCUGGUUUGAAAGGGGCUGCUGAAGCACAUAUUGGUUUGGCAAAUAAUCUGAAGCAGGAGCAUCUCUAUGGACGCUGUAAGGAGCAUUUACAGUUGGCAAUGAAUUAUUUGGAACGAACAUUUUUGUCGUUAAACGAUCACAAUAUGUUCUGGUUAUGGCGUCUCACAGCCAAUGUGUUUGUACAAACAGCUUGCAUGCCAAGCUCACUGGCAUAUUUGGAAGUAUCGGGCCAGCUGGCAAAGUUGGAGGAGAAAACAGCGCUUUUGUCGCGAAAAGACUUAUUUAUUUUAGCUUCAAGAUUUUAUACAUGCGCCAUAAAGCUGAAACCUAAUUCAUUCAUUUGGUAUGAAUUUGCUUUAUGCUCGUACUAUUGCGCGUUACAUUUCCCCGAUGAGGCGUUAUCGCAUUUGGAUAUGGCAACCAAGGCGUGUAAAAUGGCGAUAAACGAGCAAAGUGGUCGUUGGCAAAACUGGAAUUUGCUGGGAGUAAUAAAUUUGCAUCAAGCAAUUAAUAAGUUACCUUUGGCACAACAUUGUUUUAUUCAGGCGCUGAACCUCGAACGUAAAUCCUAUACAUCUUGGACAAAUCUCGGCGUGCUAUAUUUGAAGCUCGAUGAAAUAAAACUUGCCAAUCAGGCCUUUCAACGAGCACAGCAGUCUAGUCCUAUAUAUGGAAAUGCCUGGAUUGGCCAGGCUAUGAUUGCUGAAGCUAUUGGCGAAGAGGCAGAAGCUCUGGAUCUCUUCAGACAUUGUCAACAAUUUGAAUACCACCCCGAAUCCUCGCUGGGAUAUGCGUACUGGGUGUGCAUAGUAUUGACGGAUGAAGAAAAAUGCAAAAUGCCACAUUACCGUCAUGCUAUUGAUAGUAUGUUCGCGGAUAUAGUGUCGCUAGAUGCAAUUAAUUGGCAUAUUAAAAAUGAAGAGAAAGAGGCCACACAAGCUGCACUCUCAUUCCAAGGGUUUUUAAAUAUACGACAAAAACACUAUCAUCUGGCCGAACGAGCCUACCAACAAGCUGUUGAGAGCACCACUGCUGGUGAAGAGCGCGAUAAGCUGCUAAUUAAUUUGGGUUAUCUUUAUUUAAAAAUUAAUCGGCCUAGUGAAGCAAUUAAUUGUUUUAAUCGCGUAACGCACGCUUCAUUCAAAGCGAUAAUCGGUUUGGCUCUCGCCUUCGUGCGUGCAGAUCAACAUCAAGAAGCGUAUUCUGUGUAUAAUUCUGUAUUGAAAAGUUUGACUGAUGAAAACGAGGAUAAAGCGGGCAUGAUAUUGGUAGCAAUGGCAGCAAUGGUAUACGGCUCCCAAGGUGAAGCGGACACUAAAACUAUUUUAUAUCAAUGCAUUUUACUCAAGAAUUCUCCUAUACAGGCUCUAUAUUCGGCCUGUGCAUUAGGAAUUCUACAUUUGGAUAAUCAGUUAACAACAACCAUUCUGACGGAGUUAAAGAAGUACGAAAACAUUGAAGUACACUGUGCUCAUAUUGCUUAUUUGACGGCACAACAUUACGCAGCUAUAAAUAAAACACGCAAGGGUCUAACGUACCUCCUAUCUCGUGUACACGUCUUCCCACAUUGCGCUGAGCUACGAAAGAUUCUGGCUAAUUAUCUACUGGACCAUUUUAGCCAUGCAUCCCAAUAUCACGUGGCCACAAGUCAAAUUGCUAUGAGUUCAAUUGAAUUGCUGCAUCGUAAUAAAACGAAAAAGAGCGAUUGCAUUGAGGAUUCCAAAUCGUUGUUAAUUGCCAGCCGAGCAUUACGACCGAUAAAUAAAAUACGUUCACUAAAAUUGAUACAACAUGCUAUACGUUUACAUCCUCAAAAUGAGAACGCUUGGCGCGCGUUGCAGGAAGUUCAUUGACCUGUGUAUUUAAAAACAUUUUAAUAAGAAUUCAAGAGAUAAUUAUUAAUAUUCAAGUAUAUAAUUUAAUUAAAUACAUUUUUUUAAUAUGAGAAAUACUAUUUUAUUCAAAAUAGAGAACUUUGAAUUUGUCAAUUGUUAUCAUAUUUAGGUUAGAGCGAGUAAAACUAAUUUAGAAGUGGAAUAUAUUAUGCCUGUACUCCUUUUCAUAUGCAACUCCGUCCUCUUAUCAAAGUCGUAAUAAAUAUAAGUAACUUUUUGAAAAAUAUUUAAAUAUCGCUGGCACAUACUCGUAUAUUGUUUUUAUUGCUUAAUGUAACCACUAUUACUACAAAUGGUUGGAACUUUUUGAAGUUUAUAAUGAAAUAUUUUUAUGGCCACCAGUAUUUAAAGUUCCAACACACAAAUAAAAAAUUAAAAAUUUUGUAAAAAUUGCUUCAAACUAAGCUAUUUAUUACGAAGAUUCCUUUAAAUUAGUUGAUAAGAAAAAUAAUGCUACAUUUUUUUAAAUAAUAUCGUAAUAAUUAGGUUCAAUUAUAUUUCUAUUGAUCAAAAAUAUAAUACAAAACAUUAACUAACUUUUAACACCAA